AUGGCGGCGAAAGAGCGAGACAUGGACAAGGUAAUUCAAUAUUUAAAAAAAUUGGACCAAUCUGAGAUGACGAUUCUGAAUUUUAUCAACGAAAAGCUCACUGAGAUAGCUGUACUGCAUGCUGACGACAACAAUUUACGUAAACAUGGUGUCACCAAGGAUGGUGAUAUAAUCAGAUUGAGAUUAAUGUGUUCCUCAGAUGAGCAAAUAGAAGAUCGAAAGCUUGAGUUGAGAGUGUUGUCCCCAGUUAGGAAAAGUGUAACAAAGAAACUAAGAGUCGUUUACCUCAGUUGGGAACACUAUGAUGCGAGGAAAAAAAAAUUUGCUCUAGUGAAAGGAGAAAGAGGAGGUGGACUGAGAAGCAUCAAGCUUCCGUCGAAUGCAUCCUAUGAUGAUUUAUUGAAUACUUGCAAAGAGUUAUUUUGGGAGAAAAGGAACAACCCUCUUACAUUUGGUACAAGUGACGUUACUUUCUUUUUAGUUGAUAUCCGGAGGGAAGUUGUGAAUAACAUUUUAACCACCAAUGCAAACCAACAGAUCCCUUUUACAAUUGAACUGUAUUGUCAGAAAACAAAAAUGGCUAGAACCAAGUUCAUUUUCAGAACAAAGUGCAAGACAAUCCAAAUGAUACAAGACUUGACAGCACCAAUAUUUGUGAGUUCUGACAAUGACGAAUCAGAUGAUUUUGUUCCAGCUCGUGGUUUUAGAACAUCAACACCAUUGAUUGGAACUUCUCAUGAACGAGCAGAGGUAAGACAAGAGAUGGACAAUGCCUACUCUGCAUCUUUAGCAUCUGAUAGGAAGAAAGCACAAGAAAAAGCUGAUAUAGAAAAAAGAAACUUAAGGUUACAAAGCUUGAAUGCAGCACGAAAAUCAAGAGUUCCUCCUGAAGCUCUUUUAACUGAUUACCAUUGUACUAUUUCAAUACAUCACCCUGCAGAAGGUCAUAAAACACGUCUUUUUCAUGCAAGAGAAACAAUGACUGUAGUAUAUGAUUGGGCAGGAAGUUUGAGCAUUGAACCUGAACAUUAUGAUAUUUUAGAUUUUACUGGAAAAGUUAUUGUCCCAGAUUCACCAAUUAAAUCAGGAAUGUUUCAUAUUAGAGAACGUGAUGAUCCAGUUAACAUGACAUCCGGAGCUUCAGUAGCAUUUAUGGGAUUUGGAACAGAGAAAGAGUCCACUAACGAUGCUUCUGUAACUGAACAAUCUACCUCAACAACAAGUUUAUUAUCAAGUUCAGAAGAAGACAGAUAUAUUCAAGUGUCAACAAAGAUGGCUACUAGCAUCAUUGAAGGAUAUACUUUAGAAACUCAAUGUUAUUCCAAAUCUAGAAUGAUCCACGCCCCUAAGAUUGCCUUGCCUACCUAUAAAAUGGGAGCAGCUAAACAAAUUUUGGAUCAUGUACCUCUGGUAUCAGGAGAAACCUUCAGAUAUUUCUUCAGGACAGAUAUUGCAUGUAGCCAGGUCGGUUUGUUUCAUUUUAUAUAUUAUAUCAUGUUAGGAGCCCAGAAACUGUCACUUUUUAACAACCCUAGAGCCAUUAUGGCUUUUAUACAAUGUUGUUUAUGUUCAUUCACCGCGAUAGACGAUCAUGAUACGAUCCUGCUCCAACCUGUGUAUAUUAUUGGUGAAUAUAAUUGCUUUGGGAGCAAUAUUCAGGCUAUAACUUUGGAGAAACUAUAUUCUGUAAAAGACAUGCAAAACGAACUGCUAUUUACAUUUAACAUCAAGGCAUCCAAAACAGCUCCAUUUAGGAAAGGGCUAAGGCUGGCCCAUUGUUCGUUUUAUCAAAUGGGGAUUUUAUUACCCGAAUUCCUGUUAUGGCAUGUUGAAUUAUCUCGUCGUAGUUCUCGUCAUAAAUAUUGCCUCAUAGAAUUUGGGGGUGCUGGGCUGCCCUGGGCAGCCACAAAGUGUAGAGAUGUGCGUGUACCCCUGGAAGAGUAUGGUGAAUUAAGUACAGGUAUGAUAGAGGAAAUGGCUAUUACUGCUAUUUUAACCAUAGCAAUUAAUGAACUGAUAACAACAGCAAAUUUCGAAGACUUACAAAAAGUCCGUUUAUUAUCCCUUGAGGGUGAAUUCAAUGAUGGGGAACAAUUAGUUUUAAUCGAAUUCAAGGAUGAGGAAGCUCAGGGUGAUGGUGUUGCAAGGGACGCUUUCACAUUAUUUUUUAAUAAAAUGUAUGGAAAAUUUGAUGGCUACUUUGAGAAAGUACCAAUACCCACUUCAGAAGCGAUGGAGUUAAAUACAGUGGGAAAAAUUAUUAUCUCUGGCUUUGUAUUUUAUAAUGUAUAUCCUUUUCAAUUAUCACAUGCUGCCAUGAAGUAUACAUUGUUUGAAGAAAUAACUGAUCAAGAUUUGUUCAAAUCGUUUAUGAAUUAUAUUCCAUCAUCAGAAGCCGAGUAUGUAAAAAAGUUUGCAGCUGGGAAAAAAAGUGAAAUCCAACCCAUAGUAGACAUAUUGACUGAAUCUCGUAUUUUUGAUAUGCCAAAGAAAGAAAAUGUGAUCGAAUUAUUUGUUAAAGCUGCAAAAAUUUCACUUAUAAGGUUACCAACCUUUUGUUUGAAGGAAAUUGUUAUAGGAAUGGGACAUUUUUGGAAAAACGUCAGCCAAAAUAUGUUCGAUGCUAUAGCUGCUGAAACAAAGCCCACACCCGAACGAUUUUUAAAAGCUAUCGAAGCCGAUGAAAAAAAUCAAGUUCACCAGAAAAUUACAACUUGGUUUCAUCGUUAUGUACGUUCAUUGAAACAGGAAACUUUGUUGGAUCUUGUCAGAUUUAUAACUGGAUCAUCGAACCUUAUACCUGGUGAAAUCAUUAAAUUAGAGUACACUGAUCACCCACCGAAACAUGCAAGACCAACAGCUGAGACAUGUUUUAAAAUUUUGAGGCUGCCGCGCCAAUAUGUUUCCUUUUCUCACCUUUGUGAAAACAUCAAUUAUUAUCUCGGUAAUGAAGACUCAUGGGGUGUUAAGGACAAUAUUUAAUAUCUUUUUUUUUCAAAGAUCUUUCAUUUUAUAUUUUGUUGAUCAUAAACUUGCUGAUUAUGCAUUUUUUAUUUAUUUUUUCUCCUUUUUUUAUAUAACACUUUUAUAUAGAAAACUGCAUCUUUCAAACAAUUCUUCAGACUAUGAGUGUGCUAUAACUAAUACGUAUUGAUGAUAAAUAAUGGUACCUCGAUUUGCACAUGUAUAUAUGUAUAUAUAGCUUUUUUCAAAGAGCAUUAUUUGCUGAUCUUUUGUUUUGUAUGUUAUGUUCUUUAUGACUAAACAUAUUUUGAAACGCUAUUAUUAACAUUGUUUUGACUACUUUAAUCAUAGAAACUUUCGCAAAAGAAACUUUCGCCAAUUUUAGUCUCUCGCAAAAAAAUUUCAAUUUCGUCAUUGGCGAAAAUUUUUCGAAUUUCUGCGCAGAUACAUUGAAAAGUAAAAUAAUGUGUUUUUCCUCAAUCGA